AACCUAAAUCUCCGCUCCGCUCCGUACGUAAUAAAUAAGAUCGAAGAGUACUUUUUAAGAUAUUGAAGAAAAAUGACUACUAUAAAAGUGAAUGACGAACAAGAGAUAAUUAAUAAGUUGUCGUCUUACAUUCAAAAAAUUUCCAGUGAUUCUAUACACAACCGAGGAAAGUUUUACGUAGGCCUCUCAGGAGGAUCUGUAGUCAAAUACUUGUGUGAAGGUUUACCGAAACUAGACACAGAUUGGUCGAAAUGGGUGCUCGCUUUUUGCGAUGAGCGUGUUGUACCUGAGGAGAGUGAAGAUUCCACUUUUGGUAUAUAUAAACGGCAAUUAAUACCUAGAACUGGCCUGAAGCAGGAACAGUUUGUUACUAUCAAACAGGGGCUCUCAGCUGAAGAAGCAGCUAAAGAUUAUGCAGAUAAAUUAAAACUGGUAUUCAAUGGUAAUAAUUUUAAAUUUGACUUACUUCUGUUGGGCAUGGGUCCAGACGGGCACACAUGUUCACUGUUUCCUAAUCAUCCACUAUUGGAUGAAAUUCAUUUAAAUGUAGCAGCAAUUACUGAUUCUCCAAAACCACCUCCAGCAAGAAUAACAUUGACAUAUGCUGUUGUGAAUGAGGCAAGGAAUUGUAUAUUCACCAUUGGUGGCUCUAGCAAAGCAGAAAUGGUGAAGAGAAUAUUAAAAAAUAAAGAAGAUUUACCAGCUGCUAGAGUGAAUCCUGUCAAUGGUUCCUUGUACUGGAUAAUUGAUGAAGCUGCUGCUGCAUUAUUGUAGUCUUACCUUAUUUAAGAAGUGGUCAUAAUACAUUGUAGAAAUAAUUAUUUUAAUAGUUUAUCAGAUUCAAGUACAAUAAUGUUGUAAUUAAUAAAUAAGGAUCAUUCUCAUUGGUGCUAAGCAUUCCAGAUCAAGGCUGUGGAAUUCAUAUAUUUAUACAUAUUUUUUUAUGUUUCUGUUAAUAAAACCUUACGA